GAAAUCACCUCCAUUCAAAAUGUGAACCAAACACUCUUCUUGUUCGGGUUUCAGUUGGCAAAUGCCGGGAAUAUUCUCCACAACAGAGCUCCAUGUCCGCUGUCGUUUUAGAUUUCCCUAACCUAAACUACAAUCUUAAAUUCGGCGCUUAGCGUCUACGUCACGGCUCUCAGCCCGCCCUCUGUUCGUUGGUUGGACGGCUGGUGCAGAGCCGGAGAUAAUCUGGGAGCUGGUUUGCUAUAUCAGACGGAGUACAGAAGCGAACUGAAAUUGAGCGGAAGUACGAAGUCUGAUGUAGUCAGGAUAUUGGUGUGGGUGUGUCUGAGAGAGGUGAAGGUAAUGCGCUAUGCACACCAGUCUUGUGGAGUUAAACGUCUUAUUCUCCCUCCAUUUAAAUGUACAAAGACGCUUUAAAUAUCGGUGGGCAUGGCGCUGUGGGCUAGACCACAUGUUUUCUUUGGGAUUUUAGCAGUGAUUCAAAUUAAAUUCACCAUUCAGAAACUACCAACAAAUGGCGUGUCAUACUUUACCUCUGAACGCCUCUCCAAGCAAGAGAAUUCCAGCGUUAGCUUCAAGCGGUACAAUAAAAGAUAUAGGAGAUGGUUGUUUUCAUCCAAACCAGAGGUCAUUCAGAACCGGGAUCUGGAACGCUAUGAAGAGCAUGGCAGAUUUCCAGACGUACUGACUAAUGACAGCCAUCACAACUUGUCCAUUAAGAGAGAUAUGGAUCAUAUCUACUACACAUCCAAAUUCUAUGGACCCAGAGAGAGUACAGACAAAGAUUUGUGGGUAAAUAUUAAGCAGAUGGGGACGGCCCAUAGAAUUCUGUCCAACACGCAUCGACAAACUUUGAGAGUGAAUCUGUCCUUUGAUUUCCCUUUCUAUGGACACAAAUUAAAAGGAAUACAUGUAGCUACAGGGGGCUUCUUAUACACAGGAAAUGUUAUCCACAAAAUGCUGACCGCAACUCAAUACAUUGCUCCUCUCAUGGCUAAUUUUGACCUCAGCAUCUCGCAAAACUCAACCGUUUUUUACUGCGAUAAUGGCACAUCUCUUGUUGUUCAGUGGGACCAUGUGCAUCUCCAGGACUCUUUUCAUUUGGGUAGUUUUACCUUCCAGGCAACUUUACACAAUGAUGGCAGAAUCACCUUUGCAUAUAAAGAGAUCCCCAUUGACAUUAAUACAAUAAGCUCUGUCAAUCACCCUGUGAAAGUUGGGCUCUCGGAUGCGUUUGUGGUUCUUCAUAAGAUUGAGCAGCUUCAUACUCUUAUUGGUUUUCCUGUGACAGAUGUUAGACGGAGAACGAUAUAUGAAUACCAUCGGGUAGAGCUCUUAAAAUCCAAGAUCACCAACUCAUCUGCGGUUGAAAUGCUUCCAUUACCGACCUGCCUGCAGUUCUCCAGCUGUGAGAUGUGUGUUACAGCUCAGAUUGGCUUUGACUGUAGCUGGUGCAGUCGCCUAAAAAGAUGUUCCAGUGGAUUUGACCAGUAUCGUCAGGACUGGGUUGACAGUGGGUGUCUAAAUGAGAUAAAGAAUCAGAGUUGUGGUCAACUGUUAGACAGAAAACCCCUCAUGAGAACCAGCGCUCCAGCUGUGCAUGCAGGAGUAACAACAGUAUCGACAUACACUAUUACAACAACAGAAACAUCAAUCACUUCAAUUAUAAGCUCUUCCUCUGCCAAAACAGCCAGCACAUCCCUGUCAUUCAAAAAUCGUCCUACUAUCAUCCUCAAGAAUGAGUCUCAGAUGGACAGUACAGAGAAGCAGAGACAGGAGCAGAUGCAGACUGGUCUGCUCAUUGGCAUCCUGGUCACUAUGGUCCUCAUGGUGACUGCUGUGUUGGCCACUAUAUACAUGUAUUACCAUCCCUCCUCCAGCGCCAGUCUUUUCUUCAUAGAGAGAAGACCAACACAUUGGCCUGCAAUGACAUUUCGACGAGGUUCAGGACAACCAUCAUACACGGGGGUAGAGGCCAUGGGACAAGACAAAGAAGGAUUCAUCGAGAUGAACACGAGAGACAGUUUCCUCGUAUCAGACAGGAGAGAGAGCUUAUUUCUGACUGACCAGAGGGAUGGAUUCAUUGUAGCCGAACAAAGAGAACGUUCCUCAUUAUGGGAAGCUGCUAACAUGAAUCCUAUACUGUCGUUUUAAUAUAUUCCUCUGUUUUUGAGAGGAAGCUGCAAUGUGUAAUUGAAAGUUUUUAAAACACAUUGCUUUUUGCAUUAUCAGACCAAAGUGCAGUAUGUUUUUAGUGACCUACUGACACCAGUGGAUUUGCAAGUCUCAGGAGAAAAUCUUUAUAUUUGUCAUUGAAGGGUCCCUUUUUUUCCAGGAACUGAACAGGUCUGUGUAUUGCAAACAUCUCAUAUUAUGUCCUGCUUGAAACAGAGAAAGCAGGAAAGAUACAU